AUGACAACCUCAGCUACAUCAACCCCAUUGCCAUGGCUAACCGCCACCUUCAGCUACGCCAACAUGUUCACCGUGGGCACCUUGUACGCCGCCAGUGCCCUGCACGCCGAGCUUCCACGAUCAUCAGGGAUCUCCCCUGACUGGGCCAUGGCGUCCUUUGAAAGCGCCCGUGUUGGUCUGUCCGUCGGGCUUUCGAAAGCCGCUGCCCUCAUCGACCGCCACUGCGCCCCUAGGGUAGCAGGUCGCGGCGCCAUGCUCAUGACCGGCCUAAGUACCCAGUACGCGAGCUUCGCAAGCAUCAUCGCAGCGUUCUUCCUCGGGGGCAUCGGCGUCGGAUGGACCUAUCUAAUCGUGGUCAUCACGGUCAGCCAGGCCCUUCCGCAAUCUUUAGUUCAUCUGCACCAACAAGUCACACCACGGAUCACUAGUAACUUAUUUGGUCCCGAUGCAAAGAAUCAUACUAUAAAUGCAAGCCCUAGGCUCAUUCCCCAGCAAAUAUGCAUUAUCGAUGACUCCUUUUCCAACACCUAUAGAAAUUAUAUUAUAAGAAUGACCCGCAUCGACUUCACUUCACCAUCACAACCACCCCUCAUCCCCAUUCCGCCCCCCACGACCCUCCAAGAGAUCCGCACCUCCAAGCUCCGCCCCUUCGGCCCCGUCCUCUCCGCCAUCGACAAACAAACCCGUCCCGGCCAACUAUACGUCUCCACUACCGGCCUCGAAGACGACGAGCACGAUCUGGCCUUCCACGGCGGUAUCGACAAAGCCAUUCACCAGUACUGCGCGGACCAUUACUCCUACUGGGCCGAUCGCUUUCCCGAGGCCCGCGCGCGCUUCAUACCAGGCGGGUUUGGCGAGAACCUCGUCGCCGAUGGCUGGAACGAGCAGACCGUCUGCAUCGGCGACAGGGUGCGCAUCGGGCCCCCGGGUUCCCUGCGCACCGGCGGCCGCAAUGGUUGCGUCCUAGAGGUCAGUCUGCCGCGCCAGCCGUGCUUCAAGCUGAAUCAGCGCUUCGGGAUCAAGAACUUCGCUCCACUCACUCACCAAGAGGCCAAGACGGGAUGGUAUUAUCGUGUCGUUGAGGAGGGUUGGAUUCAGGAAGGCAUGGAGAUUCGCGUCAUUCAUCGGAGUCAUGCGCGAUGGUCCAUCGCUCGGCUGCAUCACUAUGUCCACCGCGAUAAGACGGACUUGGCGGCGACGCAGCAUCUUAUUGCCAUGGAGGUCCUGGGGGAUGAGUGCAAGGACGUGUUUAUUGACCGCUGGAGAGCCCAUGAGGAGAAGGAGGCCGCGGCUAAGCGUCCACCUGAGACAUGGAGGCAGUUCAGAGUCGUCAGUCAUACCGCGGAGACACCUCGUAUCGUGCGGCUGGAGCUGGAGGCAGUGCGCCGAAGUGCACCUUCACCUAGUGCUAUACUACCCGGCAGCCAUGCCCGGCUCAAGCUCCCAUCUGGUCUACGCCGGGCCUACUCCAUCGUCCAUGGCGACACGGAUCGCUUCACGCUGGGCGUGGCCCUAGACGAACGCAGCCGCGGCGGAUCGAGCUAUAUCCACCAAACACUCAAACAAGGUGACACAAUCCUAGUGGCCUCCGAGAUACGGCAGGGCCUCACCAUCGACAACAUGGCAUCUCACCACAUCUUCAUCGCGGGCGGCAUAGGAAUCACAGCGCUUAUCGCCAUGAUGAAACGCCUCAAAGACACCAACCAGGACUAUUCCCUACAUUAUGCUGUGCGGAGCACCACCGACAUCGCCUUCCAGCCUCUUCUAAUCGCCCUACAGUCCCACGUCACCAUCUACGACAAAUCCCAGGGCCAACGCCUCGACAUUGCGAAGAUUCUGCGAAAUCGCAUCUGGAACAGCCACGUCUAUGUGUGUGGGCCACAGCGCAUGAUCGAUGACGUGAUUCAGACAGCCGCUGGUGUAGACAUGUCUUCUGAUGAGGUGCAUUACGAGUUAUUUAAUGGUGAGGAUGCCGGGGGCGACCCCUUCACUGUGGAUGUUGUUGGUCCGAACAGAAAGUCCGAGGGGCUCCAGGUCGGCGCUGAGCAGUCGCUUCUUGAGAUUUUGCGGGAUGCUGGCUUCGAGAUUGGAAGUUCUUGUGAGGUGGGGAACUGUGGCACUUGUAGGGUUUCUGUUCGCUGUGGGAGGGUGCUGCAUCGGGGUACGGCUUUGAUGGAGUCGGAGCAGAGGUCGGAGAUGUUGGCUUGUGUUUCAAGGGGGGUGGGGCAUAUUGUUGUUGAGCUUGGUGAGUAG